AGGAGUCAGGCGCAGCUCUUUCCUUCCACGCUCUUUCUUUUACCCCCUCCUCCUGCCCUCUCCCCCUCCCCUUUUCCUCCGUCACUUUCUUCCUUCCUUCCCAGCUCUGCCUGUGUGUGUGCCUCCUACGUGCGUCCCCCACUUGGUACGGCCCACCUGGAAGAUCAUGGCGAUUGAUGGUGGAGAAAGAACCUGUGGAGUACAUGAACUAAUUUGCAUUAGAAAAGUAUCUCCUGAGGCAGUUGGAUUUCUGUCAGCAGUUGGGCUGUUUAUUGUCGUGUUGUUGAUUCUUUUUCUGUAUAUUAACAAGAAGAUGUGUUUUGAAAACAUUGGAGGCUUACCUGACCUCAAUUCACGAUACAAUGCCAGAAAAAAUACACAGGAAAAGCUUUAUAAUUCAUACCUAAAUAAAGAUCAGCGUGGUUCAUCAUCCGAAAGUGAAGAUGAGGCACUGGGUAAAUACCAUGAAGCCUUGUCCAGAACACAAAGUUCCAGACCACCAGCAGGUGAUAGCAGAACCAAAAAAAACUAUAUUUGGGAAACCAGACAAAAAUAUAGCCCUUUGUCUGCAGAGUAUGAUGGGUACAGCAGUGAAGCCUCAAUAGAUGAAGCAAACUGCAUUCAGAGAAUGAGACAAACACCUCCUCUUGAUGAAUUGCAGCCUCCACCAUAUCAAGAUGACAGUGGCUCUCCACACCUCUCAUGUACACCCUCUGAAGUUGGUGACAGCAAAUGUGAAUUCUCUCAGUGUAGCAAUAGUCCAAGGUGUUCAUUUAAGUGCCCAAGUGAAGGUAGUACUGGACAUGAAAUAGAAAGCUUUCACAACAAAGGAUAUGAAGAAGAUGUACCCAGUGACAGUACUGCUGUCCUAAGUCCUGAGGAUCUUUCAGCUCGAGGAUCGUCAUCACAGCUCCCUAAAUCAUUUGAUCCAGAACCAGAAGCUAAAUAUGGCACCCUGGAUGUGACUUUUGACUAUGACUCUCAGGAACAGAAGCUUCUGAUAACAGUGACAGCUGUCACAGACAUUCCAAAUUAUAACAGGACAAGUGGAAGUUUAUGGCAAGUACACCUGGUUCUUCUUCCUAUCAAGAAACAGAGAGCAAAAACCAGCAUCCAGCGGGGCCCAUGCCCUGUCUUCACUGAGACAUUUAAAUUUAAUCAUAUUGAGUCUGAGAUGAUUGGGAAUUAUGCAGUACGUUUUAGACUCUACAGCAUACGUCGUGUAAAAAGAGAGAGGAUUCUGGGAGAAAAGAUAUUUUACUUAACCAAAUUAAAUCUUCAAGGGAAGAUGUCAGUACCGGUGACAUUGGAGCCAGCAUACAAUAUUUCCGGCUGUGACUCCCAAAUGAGCAUGUCAGAAAUGUCCUGCAGUGAAAGUACCUCCUCUUGUCAGUCUCUGGCACAUGGCUCAGCUCCAGAAAUCCUCGUUGGACUGCUUUAUAAUGCCACAACUGGAAGACUAGCAGCAGAAGUGAUAAAAGGCAGCCACUUCAAAAACUUGGCAGCAAAUAGACCACCCAACGGACUGUUCUGUUGUCUAAAACACUUGAUAGGUGGACAGGUUUAUAUAAUACGAGAUACAUUUGUUAAGCUGACAUUGCUGAAUUCCAUGGGUCAGGAGAUGUCCAAAUGCAAGACUUCCAUACGAAGAGGACAACCAAAUCCAGUCUUUAAAGAGACCUUUAUUUUUCAAGUGGCACUGUUUCAGCUUUCUGACGUUACACUCAUAUUAUCUGUGUAUAAUAAACGCAGCAUGAAGCGAAAGGAAAUGAUAGGCUGGAUUGCUUUAGGUCUGAACAGUUCUGGAGAAGAGGAACUAAACCACUGGACUGAAAUGAAGGAAUCCAAAGGACAACAAGUAUGUAGAUGGCACGCACUGUUAGAAUCUUAAUGCAUAGUUGUGGCACCACAGAAUAUCAGGAAUCAGGAUUCAAUUAUGCUGCCCUUUAGAACUGAAAGGUGUUGCAGAAAUUACAGAUUCAACAUUCCAGUUUAACAAAUGCACAAAAUGCUGCAGAGCAGAAUUAACUUUUAACACUGUCACUAAAAACAUUACUGAUUUCAGGUAAAAUGUACCAGACACAGAAGGGACAGCAACCCCAAGUCCUUAUCAUGAAGCUUUUAAGUUUUGUUUUACCUCUCAUCAUCUUUAUUUUUUUUAAUAUAAGUUACAAGUAAUUUCUGUAAAUCCUCUGUUUUUGCAAAAUUCUUCCAUUGUGUUGUUCUCAUUUUUAGUGGUGCUAUGCUGUAUACUAGAUGACCUGUCACAAAGCAGUUUGAGGGAGAAAGGAACAGUCAAAUGGUGGAACAAAACAUAAUAGGAGAGAAAAUGUAUACUCUUGACUUCUACACUAGUAGAAGCAUUACCUUUUUUUCCCCUUAGCAACUUAACAUUUCUGACAGUUUAAUUUUGAAGAACACUAGUGUCGCUAUGCAAGAGCAGCCCUGCAUACUGACUGCUUAUCAGACACACAAACAGUUCUUCUGUAGUGCUGUUCUAGGCUGGAAAUUAUUUUUUCCCACAGCAAGCUAAAAUUGUUUUGAAACAGGAAUAGCUGUUCAUAGUGUGUAUAUACAUCAGACUCUCCCUGAUGAUAAGCAGAUUUUUAGCAUUUUUUCAAAAGUUUAUGAAACUGGUUUGAUCAGAGGUAAGGAUGAGAGAAAAUAUCUGUCUCAAAUCAUUUUAGAUUGGGAGGGUAAUUCCAGUGUAAAGUCUUUCGCAUGCAGGAGCGUUUUAUGCAUGGCUUCUUUGGUUCUUAGGGAAUUGCAUUCCCAUUUUUGGCAUUAAUCAAAUUCUCCUUGAGCCCACCAUUGGAAUAACAUCUAUAUUUUGUCAUUCAAUGUUCACCUUUCACCAUUCUGGUCAUUUGAAGCCAAGAUUGAAAAUACAAGGAUUGAAAUUCUACUCAGCUAAUCCUGCUGGAAUCCUACUGAAGUUUGUAUUUGCAUCAGUAGCCCUUCUAUGUUUUGAAACUGAAGGUGCACUCAGAAGAACAGCUUCUAGUAGUACCGUCCUAAAGAUGUUAUCAGCUAGCACCUUUCCCUCCUUAGUGGAUUAUCUGGAAAUAAAACAAGAUGGACAAAGUGGUGGAAAAGGUUACAAAUGAUGGGCAUCGUUGUCUAACUUCGGUAAAAGCCUGCAGUGGAAGCCUUAUCUGGAAGCACCCUGAGGGGUAUUUCAAAAGUAGUCUGAGAUGGGGAAUGGGGUCUGUGAUACUCCAAGUUAAAAAUGAAAAUGUUUGGCUGGAUGAACACAAGUAGCUGGACACAAGUAAAGAUGCCCUGUUUUCCAAAAUCCAAGAGGCUUGCAAACCAUAGCUAAUCAAGCAUACUUUCUAGCAAAUGCCUCUCAUGGAUAUCAGUUGCAUUUUUGAUUAGGUAAGGAAAAUAUGACUCCAUCUCAUAGCUUUACUAAAAGUUUCUUUAACUGGAUAAGUUGAUCUAUAGAUUAAUUUGAAGCAUUUCUUACAAACCUCUAGGAACAUCCCAGACAUUUAGGGAAAGAACUUGAGCAGUCCAUAAAGCUUCAACACUGUGGUAAGCAUCCAUGUUGCAUUUCUGAUUGUUGUUGCCACCAGCAGCACUGCCAUGAUCAUUGUCAAUGUCAUCAUCAUUUUGUCUUGGAAUAAAGCAACUUAAUGAAUUCUAAGAUUUGAAGCACACAGGGAAAUACUUUAAGAGUCUCUUAGCUCAAAGGUUCUUGCAGUAAAAAAUUGCUUCACCACUUUCUAUUUCAACUACUGUUAGAGAUCAGGAAUACUGUCUAAGUUAAAGGAAGGGUCUAAUUUCCUUUCCUUCAGGAUACAGCUGGCAUAAUGACAAAGUAAUAUAUCAACAUAAAUAAAGAAACCCCCAGAAUAUCUAUUAUUCUUAUUUGAGGAUGGAAUCUGUAUCUAUUGUUAACAUAGCCAGAUUUUAUGAAUUUCUGUUCAAGUGCUGCUUUCAGUUAUGAUUUCUACAUGAAGGGAGACUGCACAAAAGAAUUUCUAAAUUUUCUUGUUUAUUUAAAAUGAAAUGAUUUUUUUAAAAAAAUUAUUACUUUAAUGUCUUCACAAUAUUAUUGAAUGCCACUACGUUUGAUAUCGACAUCCCAGUAUUGCAUGAAUGGAUACAAGUGCAUUGAAGGAUGUGUAAUGUUUGCAGUCUCAGAAUUCUUAACAACAUCCUUUAAAAGUCCCACCUGUUGCUUUGAAAUUGUUAUUCAGUGCCUUUCAUGUUUCACCACUUAAAUUUAUAACUAUAAUGUGAUGCUGAAUUGAUUGAUUUCAGACUUGAAUGAUUUUAAAGAGUUACAAAAUGAAUUUUCCUUCCUGUGUUGCAUGAAGAGUAGGCGCAAGAACUGUAAUAUUGUUAAAAGAAAACUAUUCAGGAACCUUUGCAAACAAAAAUAUUGUUAAUAGCAGUACAAUAUAGUAUAUUCUCUCUAGUUGUUUCUUGUUCAUUUUACAGUGCAUCCUUAUAAAUAUUUUGUUUCAAAAGUCCUCACUUAACUUUUUAGUUAAAAUGGAGAUGCUUGGGUUUGCUUGCAUAUCUGAAGCUGCAAUUUCAAGCAUCAUUAUUGUAAACUAAAUCCUAAUUGUUCUUUCCCACUAGAGUAGACCCACUAUAUCAAUGCAAACUUCGUAAGCCACCACUUUCCAUUGAACAACAGAUCUACUGCAUUUGGAACUGACAACUAGAUUUAGCCCUUUCUACUACUGAAUUUAAUGAAGCUUAGUUCUGAACAAACAUGUUUAGGGCUGGGCCAUAAGACUUGCACUGUCAUAGUGCCUUUAAGACUGGGAUGGAUUUGUUCAGGGAAGUAAUUAAUGAAUGAACUAUGACUUCAUGAAGAUGUACCUAAUUUUAAAAAAGUAUUACUAUAUUUGUUAUUAUGAUCCAGGAAACUCUUAAUUCAGAAAGUUGCCUCACCAGAGUUGUACCUCUGUAUAUAUUUUUCUCUUUCAAGUAAAGUAUCUCAUAGAUACAGCUAAUGAGUAAUUCCGCUGGAAGGCGAGAUAGAAGUGAGCUAUUUUUUUUAAAAAAAAUUGUUUUUGUGCAACAAUCUGUCACAUUAAUACCUGCCCUAAUUUUCACAUUGGUUGCCUUGUUUGGAAAUGACCGUGUACACAUAAUUAGUUCUUUGCUGGUUUAUGACUGUAAUAAAUCUUUGAUUUGGUUUGACAUAAAUCAUUGGAUGAGAAGAGAAAUUCAAA